AUGUAUUCAAAAGCGGGGGUGUGUGAUGCGGGGUUGGGUGUCAGGCGCGUAUCGCUGACGACUUCCAGGCAGGUUUAUCAGUGUGCUACGACCACUAUUCGUUCGGCCCAAUUAGGGUUAAGGCAGUCUUCAUUUAAGUCUUCUUUCCCAGGCAUUCUUUGUCAUUUCAGAAGACAGAUUGACCGGUAUAACAUGCACCCAAUCAAAAAAACCAUCUGCGCAACGACCACAUGCCACCAACAACACCAGUUCCUCUCCGUGAACAUCUCGACACGUACUUUCAAGAUGUCAACUUCAACCGCCAUCCUGGUCAAUGAUAACCAAAUUUAUGAGCGAGCUCGAGAUUGUGAAAGUCUUUUCCGGAGGCUCCUAACGGACGAAACAGUCGAUAAUGAGCCCGUGGAGGCGAAGAACUACCACAUUAUUCGGGAGUACCACCAGCGUUUUCAGCUUUGGACUGCCUUCGUUGGGGUUUUUGCUCAACCUGAGGCGUCGCUAGAUGCUCGACUUAGAGACCAUCCACAAGUCCACAAUCUGGUUCUUCGACUCCUCCAACUGUUGCAAUCCAACCUAGCCCGGUUCAAUCCAUCGUUAAUCUUGAAUCAUUCGAAUCAAGCUCUUCCAGAGCCGGUCGCCGCCGCUGCACUCGACGCCAUCCACGAAGCCAUCGAGAGGCUUCAGCGUCUAGCUUCCAUCAUUCGCCAAUCAUCCAUGGGAAGCUGGGCAUCUAGAGUCAAAGCAUACGCUCUCAAAGUGGACCCAGAAGAGAUAUCUGAAUUCGAAAGGAUCGCCUUGCUCUUUGUCAAGGGAAGAUUGGAUGGAGUAUCAGAAUCUCUUGCAGAACAGCUAGCUUCAUCCAUAACAUUUCGACGACUCAAACUUCUGUAUGUUAGGAGACAUCACCAAAAGCUCGCUACCCCUCGCCAAUAUCUCCCAUCUGUCGGUCCUAAUUCAGAACCCAACCAGUCCAAAGCAGAUAUUCGAGUGCGAAUUCCGGUGCCUGCGUCCCAAGCGCACCAUCGCUCAAGCAGCUCCCCAUUUCACCAGCCAAUAUAUGCCACAUCUCAAACCAGCCCGUCGGUACUAGAUCAAUCCAGAUUUCAGAAGGAGAUUUCAAAACCUGCUUCAGUCUUGGACAAUGCCACAGUUAGCUUGUUUGGCCAAGGCUACUCGUAUCCCCCACGGCCAAAAAUAGAGAACGGUCUCGGCUUCUGUAAAUGCCAGUGGUGCGCGCGCGAACUGAAAACUUCCGACUUGGAAAAACACGGAUGGUGGAGCGUUAACCUAACAGCUAGAGCUCAUUUUCAACAUGAUCUCGAACCUUACGUCUGCAUUUCCGAGGAGUGCAUCGACAAUUUAAGAUACUUCUCCAAGCUCUCCGAGUGGCGUGAGCAUAUGGAGGAGGCCCAUUCAAAGGAAUGGGCACAAAAGAUUCACAACACGGUGUGGUAUUGUGAUGUUGAACCCGGCGAGUAUGCCGAGUUUCCCACGGGGGACAAAUUGAGAGAGCACAUCAAGACAAGACACAGCGCCAUGACCGAGUCCAGGGUCGUGAGAAAAGUAACACGCAAUAUCUUGCGUGUUACCCGGAACGCCAAUAUCUGCCCGCUUUGCAAUCAGGAUGUUCUUGCGGUCUAUGAGUUGCAAUCUAGAAUCACACAGGCCCCGUCCAAGGGAAAGCAAGCAGCAGAAAACGAGGAUGUCGAAUAUUCGUUUGGCGGAAACGACACACAACAGCAUGACUCGCCGAAGUCACCGGGUGAUAACAGGCCGAGUUUUGUGGACUACGCAAAGAUGGUUAAACACGUUGCCCAACACCUGAAGUCGUUGGCUUUCCUAUCAAUAAGAUACAUCGAUGAUGAUAAUAUCUCCGUUGACUCAGAUCAAGCGGCUAGUGGACAGAAUGGUUCGACGGAGGAGGGUUCUGAUAAUCGGCUGUUCGGUGACACUCCGGACGAUGAAGGGCCACUACAGUUUGAGGAUAUCCCUUCGGACGUUCGCACCAAUGCCCAAUCUGAUGAUGAGGGCUUGUCUUCUAACCCGGCCUUUCCGUCGGAAUCCCUACCUCCUGUUCUCGGAUCGGUGUAUAGCAAGAGCUUUUAUCCAGACCACUCCAAUGAACCGGUUCACCGUAAAACCGGUCGUUUUGUCGCCGCAGAUAGAUCAUUCGAGGAUUUUAACACCCGGGUAUUGAGCAACUUGCCAGAUGACCAAGGGCCGCUGGAGUUUCAGGACACCCGGCCUGACCUUCGCACCUACGAAGAAGCGCACCCCGGCCCUGGAGCAGCAACCGUUCCCAGUUCGGAAAGAGCGAUUGGUGACAAAACGACAAUGGCCAGGUCCUCACCACGAUUCGAGGCUUCUCCAGAUGAUGUCCGCCCCCGAGAGGCCACAAGGCCGCGUUCUUACAGCGGGUCCGAUUUUUGGGAACGUGGCUCGGUUGACUACUUGAACGAACAGCAGAUGACUCUAAAGGAGUUUUUGGAGUCGCAUGAUAGAGACAAGUUUGAGUGGGAUUCCGCUGGUUGGGAAACCGAGCAUGCAUGGGUGGAACCCGUGCGCCAAGCUGGUCUAAACCUGACGACUCACAAGGUGUUUCACCAUCGGGGUCAAGAAUACCUUAAGCCGCCCUUUCCCUUCCUUCAGGAGGGGGAAGCCCUGGGAGACUCAGGAUCCACGAUCACAUAUCGUGUUAAAGCUCCCGUUGAUGUCACCUAUCCGCGGUCCCUGGCCCUAAAAGUGAUUGUCUGUCGUUCUCAUGACCGUCCGCCUGGACCAGACUCAACAGCUCGUCGAUCGACUUUGCAAGCGCUCAGCAAGCUAUCAGGGAUUCAACAUCCACAUGUCGUUGUGUACGUGGCUUCAUUCGAGGACUAUUGUCUGAGCACAAGGCAGGUACGCCAGCGGCGGGGCCGGAAACAGGAAAUCAGCACACUAUCGACGUCGCAGGUAAUCAAGAAGCACAUAUUCGGCGUGGCCGUCUACCCACCCGCACAAACAAACUUGCAGGUCUUGUUAGAGGACUUCCACGACAGUCAGACUGGGGAAGAUUCGACCAGGAAAUCCGACAACACCUGGAUGGGAGCUUAUCUUUGCAGUUAUUUCGGUUGCCUAACUCGAGCAAUGCUCUACCUUUGGAACUCUGGCAUCGGGAUACAAUAUUCAGAUAUCAACCUCCGCAAGAUUCUCAUCGACGACUUUGGGCUCCCGGUCAUUGGAACCAUAGGCUUGACCCGCCACUUCGAGACACCAACAGAACCCGCUGGCAGACUCACCAAGUACAAGACCCCCUACAUUCCCCCAGAAACUGACGAGUCUUCCAUGGAUCAUCCCGACUCGCUUACCCUCCCGGGCCUCGUCUACUCACUCGGUUGCAUAUUCUUCGAAAUGACAUCUGUCUUGCUAGGGUUGCCACGGGAUAAUCCUAGAGAAUGGCUAGGCCUGCAAUCUCAUAACGCCGGGCUUGAAGAACCCCAUUGGUUUACUUACCGGAGCGCGCUCGCUGGCGGUGCCAAACUUGAAGACUACUUCCAGGUCCUACGAGCACGCCAAAGCAAUACCGACAAAAGUGUGAUGCCGAAGCUAAUCGAACCUGUGCUGAAGAUCUUGCCCAUCAUUGGGGAGAUGCUGGAAGUGAAGCCUGAGAAACGGCCACAUUUGAAGGAUUUGUACCCGUCUUUCAGACAUUUAUAUGAUUUGCCAGAAUCGCCAGGGCGCUGUGAGAGUUGUGAGAAGGAGUGGUUGCAGUCCAGACCACGCCAGGAAACGGACAUGUCCGAGGAAAGGCCCAAGCAGACGAAGGUCUGA